AUGUUCACACAAACAAUUCGAUGCGUCUCUCAUAUUCUGUCCAAUUCACUUAAACUCCUAAUUAUCAUGUUCCUUAUCAUUUACCCAUUCGACAGGACCCUAACCAAGAAUGUACUUGCCACAAAUGGGUUCUAUAUUGGAGCAAUGUACAAUUUCUGUCAUUAUGAUGUGAGAGAAGAAUCUGGAAUGCUGGUUGUUUACGAUAAGUUAAUGCAAAUUGAUGAUGAGGACUAUUUAUGGUGGGCACGUAUUCAACCUCCAUCGAAAUUUGGAUUAGAUUACUAUCAUUUGAUGACUAAUCCACAGGUGACAAUGGAACAGAAACUAGAGACUUACAUACCGUCUUCCGUCGCACUGACGUUGCAAUUUGCUGGAAAAGGGUUACGGCUUGUAAACAAAGCUGCUCCAAUAGUUUUUGCCGUAUAUAUCAUUCAAGAUGCCACUGAAUCCUAUACAAAACUAAACUGCAACGCGGUUGGAACACAAAUUAUAUUCUCCAAAAUAGCAAAGUAUUUGGUGACCUGGAAUGGAGCAAAACUUGGAGCAUCGAUUGGGACUAAAAUCUUGCCAGGAGUUGGCACUCUAUUUGGAGGAUUGCUAGGUGGUGUUGUGGCGAGAUCACAAGUAGAUUUAGAAGAGUAUACUAAAAUCAUUGCAAUGAUUUUUCACAAUCGAUUAAAGAUUUUAUGUUAG